GGAGGGGAAGGAAGCACAGCUGGGGCCCUGCACAGACUGAGCCUGGGCCCCGUGGAUGCACGAACCCAUCUCCCAUGAGUGCUGGGCCCCGAGCCAUGGGGCUGAGCUGUCUGCCAGUGAGGAUGACCCCAUGCCGGAGCUGAUUCUGUGCCCUGGAGAAGUAACACCAGCCCCGGGGGCAGAGCGCCCACACCCCCGCCGCCAUGCCCGCCCGCGCCCUCUGCCUGCUGUGGGGCCUGGCAAUCUCCACUGUGGCCCUCAGCCCUGAUCCAGUGCCUCGUGUCGCCUUCCAGUGGGCAAACCCGGUUGCGGUCUCCUUGGCGUAACCCCACGCUCCCGCAACACCUUUUCCCAGGCGUAUCUGAGCCGGAUCCAAGGCCGAGUCUCGGACUGUCAGUGGGAGCCGCAGGACGUCGAGGCCUGACCUGCACCCUGCGCCCAGCAUGGAGACCCCCGGGCAGCGCCGGACCCCCCGCAGCGGGGCAGGCACCAAGUCGAUAUCACCCGGCCACGCGAUACGGCUGCAGGAGAAAAAGGAUCUGCAGGAGCUGAACGACCGCUUGGCCACGUACAUCGACCGUGUGCGGUCCCUGGAGUCGGAGAACGCGCGGCUGCAGCUCCGCAUCACCGAGACGGACGAGGAGGUGAACCCCAAGCUCUCGGGCAUCAAGGCGGCCUAUGAGUCCGAGCUGGCUGACGCCCGCAAGAGCCUGGACUCAGAGGCCAAGAAGCGGGCACGGCUGCAACUGGAGCUGAGCAAAGUGCAGGAGGAGCACGCGAAGCUCAAGGCAUGCAAUGCCAAGAAGGAAGAGGACCUGCUGUUCACCCAGUCCUGCCUCAGGGACCUGGAAGCCCAGCUCAACUCCAAAGAGGCAGUCCUCACCACCGCCCUGGGUGAGAAGAGGAACCUGGAGAAUGAAGUCCGGGAGCUGAGGACACAAGUAGCCAACCUGGAAGCUGCCCUGAACGAGGCCAAGGAGCAGCUGCACGAGGAGACGCUCCGGCGUAUGGGCACUGAGAACCAGCUGCAGACACUCAAGGAGGAGCUGGAUUUCCAGAAGAACUUGUGGAGCAAGGAGCUGCAAGAGACCAAGCGGCGCCAUGAGACACAUCUGGUGGAGAUCGACAAGGGGCGGCAGCAGGAGUUCAAGAGCAAGCUGUCCGAGGCGCUGCAUGACCUGCGGGCCGAGCAUGAGGCCCAAGUCAAACUCUACAAGGAGGAGCUGGAGAAGACCUACAGCGCCAAGCUGGAGAAUGCCAGGCAGUCGGCAGAGAGGAACAGCAACACGGCGGGUGCCGCCCAUGAGGAGCUGCAGCAAUGCCACAUCCGCAUUGACAGCCUCUCGGCUCAGCUCAGUCAGCUCCAGAAGCAGCUGACAGCCAAGGAGGCCAAGCUCCACGACCUGGAGGACGCGCUGACACAGGAGCGGGAUACCAGCCGCCACAUCCUGGCCGACAAGGAGCGGGAGAUGGCUGACAUGCGGGCACGCAUGCAGCAGCAGCUGGACGAGUACCAGGAGCUGCUGGGCAUCAAAGUGGCCCUGGACAUGGAGAUCCUUGCCUACCGCAAGCUGCUGGAGGGCGAGGAGGAGAGGCUGCACUUGUCCCCCAGCCCCAGCCCGUCACGCAAGAAGCGCAAGCUGGAGUUUGGCAAGCGCCCCAACUGCAUCACACGCCACAUGCGCACCAGUGGGCCUGUGGCCAUCGAGGAGGUCGACCUGGACGGCAAGUUCGUGCGGCUCAAGAACAAGUCGAACGAGGAUCAGGCCCUGGGGAACUGGCAGAUCAAGCGCCAGAACGGAGAAGAUCCCGUCAUCUCCUACCGCUUCCCUCCCAGAUUUACCCUGAAGGCUGACCAGGUGGUCACGAUCUGGGGCUCGGGGGCCGGUGCAACCCACAGCCCUCGCACGGACUUGGUGUGGAAGGCUCAGAGCUCAUGGGGCACCGGAGACAGCCUGCAGACUGCCUUGAUCAACUCCAACGGACAGGAGGUGGCCAUGAGGAAGCUGGUGUGCACUAUGAUCAGCGACGAGGAUGAAGACGAUGAUGAGGAGGGCAUGCACCACCACCGCCACCAGCAUGCCCAUAGCAGCGGGACCCAGAAUGCCGGCACCCCGUCCUCAGGCUCGUGCACCCCUCGUGUCAACAUCACCCGCCGCUGCCGCAGGGUUGCAGGUCCCAGCGUCAGCACAAGUGGCCUGGGUGAAAACCCGAUGACCAGGGCCUAAAUGCUGGGGAAAGCCAGCCCACGCAGGCAGGCUCCUCAAAGUUGCAGCAUCAUCCAUCCUUGC